AUGGCUGCGCCCGCAAGACGGCAGUCCACAAUGUCGACGAGCAGUGCGGCCACGGAGAAAGCAUCGUCACAAUAUCCAGACCAACAGCAGCAACAGCCACCAUCGUCCUCAUUACGCCAGAGCCAACUCAUUCAAUCGCAACCAGGCGGUGGCGGCCUCCGUGUACCAUCGAAUCGCAAGACAAUAUAUGAUCGGCAUCUUAACAGAAGCCAGAAGGCGGAUUUGAGUCGGGCAUCGUUCGCUUUCCUAUUCGCGGAGAUGGUGAUAUAUGCGCAGCGGAGAGUUACUGGCAUUCAAGAUCUUGAGAAACGAUUAAACGAACAAGGCUAUCCACUUGGGCUACGCUUGCUGGACCUCCUUUUCUACCGCUCUAUUUCAAGCACAUCCUCCUCAGCCCUCACAUCAUCAUCGACAUCCUCCUCACCACCAAACCGUCCACUUCGUAUAUUACCACUACUCCACCUCAUCCACGGACCACUCUGGCGACUCCUCUUCCAACGCCCCGCCGACGCCCUCGAACAUUCCGUAUCCCCCGAAACCCCCAACGAAUAUAUGAUUACUGAUAACGACCCGCUUGUCAACACAUAUAUCAGCGUCCCCAAGGAAAUGAGUAUGCUCAACUGCGCCGCGUUCGUCGCCGGUAUUAUUGAAGGUGUGUGUGACGGGUGCGGAUUCGAGGCUAAAGUCACGGCGCACAAUCAAGGCACUGAAAUGUGGCCUGGUAGAACGGUGUUUUUGGUUCGAUUUGGCGAGUCAGUGAUGGAGAGGGAGAAUGUUCUGGAGCGCGCUGGGGUUAAAUAG